ACACCGAACGGUGUUUGCAGUGGAGUAACGACGCUUAUGCUUAUGGCAUUGCAGUUAUUCACUGAAAAAUGUAAAUAGUUUCAGAUAUAAUAAUUAUAAAGAAGAUUAACAGAAUAUUGCAUUAACAAACAUGGCAGAUGUAAGAGGAGAAUCUAGGACUAGCUACCUCAGUCAAUCUCAGUAUUCAGAAUCUACAGUGAUUAACCAGGAUUUGGGAGAUCCAGAUAUCUUCCAGACAGAUAGAGAUGGGACACCAAAGACACCAACACAACAAACCAAAGUGGUAACAUUUGCUCCAGGACAUAGUUUAGCCAAGGCAAAAACAAUAGAAGAAUUAACACUUGAAUCCUCAUCUCAGAAAAGAAAUGGAAAAGCUGCUGAUCUCAUGGCUCGACUGGUUGAUAAGCCAGAAAAUUCGCAAGUUUUGCGAAUGGUUAGAGGAUUGCCUAUAAAACCAAAGGCUUCUCAGGGACUUUCACAGAGUCCUGGUAUACCACGUCCACCAUCUGGUAAAACUGACCAAAUGCAAUCCAGUUUCAGAACCACAAUGUUUAAAAGAGAUUAUGAAAAGAGACAACAUCAGAUUAAAGCUAAAACCCAGCAGGGGGAUGAUAAAACAGUACUAACUGUCGGCAUGCUUCACAAGCCACAGCCUAAACCAAUUCCAGCAACUCCCAUGACAAUGGAUGAUGGUGAUGAUGACAAAGAGUUAGAGGAAAUAGAAGUAUUAGCAGAGCUAGCAGAGAUAAUGGGGCCUGGAACUGAACCCAGUACUAAUGGUGCCAAAUCAAUUAGUCCACAUUCUUCUCAGCAUUUAGAAUCGGGAAUGGAUGAAAUAUCAAAACCAUCGUCAACAGAUUUACCUGUCAGUGCAGAGAGGUCACCAACAAAAUCACCAUACUCUGUCGCUAAAGAUGAAGAUGAUGAUGAAAUCCUGAACAAAGACUUUCCCGAUGAAAUUCCUAUCAUUGAUACACGACCCUUGAAGGGGAGGCCACUUUCCAGUAACAGUUCAUCAGCGCGUUCUGACAGAAAAGACUCAGCGAAGAAAAAGGAGUCUAAUGUUAUAUUGAACUACUUGAAAAAGAACAGAUAUGACGAUACUGUACCUGAGAAUGAUGAUGUCCUUUACAACGUAGAGAAAUUAAGAAGUCAACUAGGAUGGAAUACAGCAUUACCAAGACAUGGUCCUGAUUGUAGAAAGGCAAUGGAAACUAUAUCAGAUAUACCAAAGUUAAAUCCACAGUCACAGAAAACGAUAAAGGAAGAUGAUGGAGAAUUUUUGUACUGCUUACCAAAGAAUAGGAAGAAUAAGAGAGCUCGCUACAUGCCAUAUGAUUUACAGAUCGUUUCUGCUAAUGAAGCCAGAAGUCAGCCAAUCUACUGGACAAUCAGUGCAUCCUAUAUAACUAGGUGUACUCAAGGACCAAAUGGUCAGGAACUGUCGACCAACACACCUGUCUUAUGGUGGUUGUGGGAACGAAGAUUAUUUUACAUGAUACAUGAACUACCUGUAUUUGUUCAAUUUAGGAAAUGGAAGACUUUUAAACAAUGGAAGAGAAAUGUUCGUAUGCAGAAAAAAUCUGGCAGCAAAAACACAAUGUACAAGCAGUUGUUUGUAGCCAAUGAGGUACUCCAGGGAUGUCUGAUACAUGUCAGAAGUUUGCUGGAGGCUGCCAGUGGUAGUAGAGAUGGUAUAGGAGAGAAAGAUAGUGCUAUUAUUCUGAUCGUAGUUGAUAGGUCUGCCACUUUAACCUUGGAUGAAUUCAAGGACAUCCAGGUGGUACAGGCUGAGAAAGCUUUGGGACAGUUGAAUACCUUGAGAAAUAAAAUAAUUGACAUUGUUUGGGAGUCAUGUGCAACGGUUGCAGAAAUGGAAGGUAUCACACAUGGCAUUAGACCAGAGGGUACAAAAAAAGUUCAUAUACAAGCACCGCCAAAAGAAGAAGUCAAGAAGUUAGAUAGCAAAGCCAAAUUACAAAAGAAAUUUGGUAUCAAGACUUUGGAAGAAAAGAAAAAGGAAGAAAAAAGUUCUAAGCCCCUUUAUGCUCAGAUUGCUGAAUGGAGGAAGAUUUUGGCAAGGUUGGCUGCCUUCCUGCGGUCCAUAGAUUACCUGAUUUUAGAAAUGUUACGUCGGCUUGUAGUGACUGCUAUGAGAUUACUACUGGAACAUCUGUCUACAUCAUAUUAUGUCACAGAUGAAGAUGAAGAAAAGUAUAGAAAAUCUGUAAAGAGACUGAAUCAGUAUGAUUCAGAUGAGGCAUCGACAUACGUUCCAUCUGAGGAUGGUAGCUCAUCUGAUGAUGAUGACAUUCCAGUGAAAAAGAAAAAGGAUUCAGAUAUGGGAACACAGUCAGGAAGAAGCAGUGUUUAUAUGGCCAGUCGACCUGAAUCAAGGGCCAGUGGUUUUGGGAAACCUGGACAGGUACAAAAAAAAGAAGGCUAUGUUAUACCACAGUUUGAUUUUGAUCAACCAGAACUGUUUGAUGGUCCACCUGAUAUCAAUGAGGUACUGGAAGAAAUUAAACAAAAAGAUGUUGUAGAAGAAAUAGCGGCAGCAGUAUUUAAUGUACAGCUGGUGUUGAAUACCCCUAAAGAAAGAACUGCCCUAUCAGGUGCAAGUAAACAUUCAGCAUCUUCCACAUCCUCUAGAAGAAAAACCCUGGAAAGAACUGAAUUAGGAUCAGGAAAGAAGAUGGUCAAGUUCACUGAUGAACACUACUCUGCAACAGAUACAGAGAAUUCUGAGUCAGAAUCUGAUUAUUAUACGGAUGAAGAAACUGAUGGAGAGAGAGAAGACCAACAGGAAUCUAAAGAAGGAGAAGAAGAUGAGGAUGAUGAAGGAAAGAAGGGAGACAAACAGCUAACUUAUGCUUACACAGAAAAAAGGAAACCAACUCUACCAAGCAAAUCAGUUGUUGAUAUAUCACCAAAUCAAGAACAAUUCAAACAGGGCAUAGAUGAAAUAGUGGCUGGGUUUAGGAACACCAUUGUACAAGUUGUAUCCAUGUUACGAGAACCAAGAUUAAAAGUAUUCUACUCGGCACCAAUACAGGAUCUGAAGUUAAACUUUGAUGUAGAGGAGGAGGAAGAGAGACGUGAAUAUGAGCGACCUUGGCCUGACCUUCAGUUUAUCUUCAGUGAUGACUAUGAAUACAACAACUUAUUAGAGGAAUUACAUAAAUAUAUAGAAAUGGAGAUGAACCUUGUCAAGCAGUAUGCUAAAGAGUUUGAUCAAUAUUGUCUGAUGGUUGAUGAUUCCAGGAAGUUGAAUGUAGAAGAAUCGAUGGCCUAUAAGCCUUGGUCAACAGAUCAGUUUAGUGGUGUUCUAGCCAAACAUACCAGUGAAAUUGGAAAAAUGAAAGCAAUGACCAUCAGAAAGAGAGUACAUAUGAUACAGGUUCUGAGUAAGAACUACCGUGAGACCUGUCUACCUUAUCCUACCAACAUUGUGGAUACAGUACAUAUCAAACUUCCACUUAUAGCUAACAAACGAAAUGAAGACUUACUUACUAUUAUCAAGGGUGCAGCAAGGAAAUUGGACAACUAUCCUAAAUCUGUUGAACAAUUUGUAGAGCAUUUGACCUUUCUGUCAAAGAUUAGUUCAGAGUUACCUGCACUUGAGAAUGAGUUUCUACUAGUGAACAAGUUAUUCACAAUAGCUAAGGAUUACUUGGUUAACAUAUUACCAGAAGAAAUGGCUUUAUACCAGACAUUGGCUCCAAGUUUUCAGGGAUUAAAGAAUACCAUCCUGUAUAAUGAAGCCAAGAAAGAUGAGAAUAUCCGUAAGUUCAGUCGAGACUUAGACACCUUGAUACAACAGAUUCGUUCAGAGCUGAAUAAAAAGAAAGAAGAGGUGAAGAACCCUGACCUACUGAGUAUAGAUACAGAUCCUGGUAGAGCUAUAAAUACUAUAGAAGUAGCUCAGGAAGAUGUGCAAUCUCUGUCUAAACGGAUACAUAGUUAUGUCACGUACCAAGAGAGAUUUGGCAGCUCACUUGCCAACUCUAAGAAGAACAUGUUUGGAGAAGAAUACCUGCUAAUGGACAGAUCAGAUGAUAGCAGUGCCAAGGAGAUACAAGCAGCUUUACCAGAGGUAGAAAGGGAUCUUACAUUAAGAAAAGCACUAUGGACUUCAACAAUGGAAUGGAACAAGUUAGAGAAACAAUGGAUUAAUACCUUAUUUGAUGCAUUACAAGUAGAAAGUCUACAGAAAAAUGUCAGCAAGUUUACACAAACAGUGUAUAUGUUAGAAAAAGGAUUACCACACAAUGAGGUUGUCCCUCAUCUUAAGGAGAAAGUGAUGGAAUUUAAACAGAGUAUGCCAAUCAUUACCAGUCUGAGAAACCCAUCACUGAAACAACGUCAUUGGGAUGAGAUAGAAAGAAUGAUUGGAAAAUCUAUUGUAAAAGACAAGACAUUUACACUUGGAAACUUAAUAGAAAUGAAGAUAAUAAAACUAAAAGAUAAGAUUCAGGAUAUAUCUACAACAGCCAGUAAUGAAGAAACAUUAGAGAAGAUGUUGGAUAAGAUCAUUCAAUUAUGGCAAAAAACAGACUUCCGUACUGUACCACAGCCAAGUAGAGACACUUAUAUUAUUGGAGGUGCUGAUGACAUCAUGGCACAGUUAGAAGAAAGUGCAGUAACCAUUGGUACAAUUAGAGGAUCUAGAUAUGUAUCACCAAUUAAGGGUCAAGUAGAAGAAUGGGAAAGAAAGUUGUUGGUAUUUGGACGUACCUUAGAUGAAUGGUUGUCAUGUCAGCGUACAUGGUUGUAUAUUGAGAAGAUAUUCCGUGCUCCUGACAUACAGAGACAAUUAAAAGGAGAAUUUAAGAUGUUCAUGCAAGUAGACAGAGCCUGGAAAGAUUUAAUGAGGAGAGUAGAGGAUCGCCCCAAUGCUAUUAAGAGUGCCCUUACACCUGGAACACUUGAGACUUUACAACAAAAUAACUUAACACUCAAUAUUAUACAGAAAAAUCUAGAGGACCAUCUUGAGACCAAAAGAUUUGCCUUCCCUAGAUUUUACUUUCUCAGUAAUGAUGAGUUGUUGGAGAUCCUGGCCAACUCAGAUAAUCCAAAUGCUGUACAGCCCCAUUUGGGUAAAUGUUUUGGAAAUGUCAAAUCUUUGGAAAUUACUGGUGGAAUUGUAAGGAAGAUGAUUUCUGAUGAAGGAGAAGAAAUAGAAAUGCCCAAAAAUCGUAUCAGAACAGGAAACACUCCUCAGUGGCUUGUUAGUUUUGAGACAGUCAUGUUUGAAACUGUGAAAAAACAUUUAAAGAAAGGAAUAAGUGAUUGGGACAACUCAGAUUUGUCAAGAUGGGUUCUAGAACAUCCUGGACAAGUUGUUUUAACUGUGGUUCAAAUAAUGUUGAACAAAGAUGUAGUGAAAUGCUUUGAACAACCUAACCCAAUCACAGCUAUCACAGAGGUACAGAGUAAUCUUAUCAAAUCAUUAGAACAGCUAGCUGGUGUUGUGUCCCAGAAUAUCAAAGGAUAUCAGAGAAUGAGUAUAGAGGCUUUACUGACCAUCAACGUCCAUAAUAGAGAUAUACUACAUACUAUGAUAGUAGAUAAAGUUACCUCAAAGGAGGACUUUGAUUGGAAAAAACAACUGCGAUAUGAAUGGGAUGAACAAAGUAAUCACUGUCAAGUGCUACAAUCCAAUGCACAGUUUAAAUAUGGGUAUGAGUACCUUGGAUGUUCCCCUCGUCUGGUUAUUACACAGCUGACAGACAGAUGUUACCUUACAUUAACUGGUGCUAUGCAUUUACAUCUUGGAGGAUCUCCUGCUGGCCCUGCUGGUACUGGUAAAACUGAAACAGUUAAAGAUUUAGCUAAGGCUAUGGGUAAAUUGUGUGUUGUGUUCAAUUGUUCAGAAGGACUUGAUUUUAAGACAUUAGGGAAGUUUUUCUCUGGAUUGGCGCAGUCUGGUAGUUGGUGUUGUUUUGACGAGUUUAAUCGUAUUGAUAUAGAGGUAUUAUCUGUUGUCGCUCAACAGAUUCACACAAUAAAAGCUGCCAAGGAUGCUCAAGCUCCCAGAUUUAUAUUUGAAGGAAAGGACAUCAAACUUGAUAUGAGUUGUGGAUACUUUAUUACAAUGAAUCCCACCUAUGCAGGCCGUGUAGAACUACCAGACAAUCUGAAGACCUUGUUUAGACAGGUAGCCAUGAUGGUACCAGACUAUGCACAGAUAGCAGAAAUCAUGUUGUUUUCUGAAGGCUUUAGAUCAGCUAAGCCUCUGUCGAGGAAGAUAGUACAGUUAUAUAACUUAGCCAGUAAACAACUGUCACAACAAGAUCAUUAUGACUUUGGUAUGAGAGCAAUUAAAUCUGUUCUGGUUAUGGCUGGUCAUGGAAGGAGACAUGCUCAACAUAAAGAGGAUCACAUGGACAAAGUGAUGACAGAGAAUGAAGAAUCCUACAUAUUGAUGCAUUCCUUACAAGAUGCUAACAUACCUAAGUUCUUGGCUGAAGACGUUCCAUUGUUUAAGAGUAUUUUAGAUGAUUUGUUCCCAGGAAUUACACCUCCAGACAGGGAUUAUGGAGUACUGGAAAGAGCAAUCAACAUGGCUAUUAGAGACCAUGGCUUCCAGUCAUGGAGUAACCAAGUAGAUAAAGUGAAACAGUUUUAUAACCAGAUCAUGGUCAGACAUGGUAUCAUGUUAGUGGGGCCCACAGGAGGAGGUAAAACAACAAUCAGAAGUAUUCUUCAGAAAGCAUUGAUACUUCUCCCAACUAUCACCCCAGCUGAUCAAGAAUCAAACAAGAAACAAGGACAUUAUGUGCACAACAGAUCCAAGAAAGGCCAUGUAGAAGUGUUUCAGGUGAAUCCUAAAUGUGUGACAUUGGGUGAAUUGUAUGGUGAGGUAGAUUCCAAUACUCUUGAAUGGCAUGAUGGAUUGAUAGGUUCUGCUACUCGUAAAUUUUCCUCUGAUCCAAGCCAACUUAAAACAGAAGAUGGAACAUCAACGAGACCUGUGUCACGACUCACAGCAUUAUCUACACCUAAUCCACCAAAAGAAGCUGAAACAGAGAGUGAUAUGGAGGAAGAGAAGAAGGAACAGAAUCUACAUAUAGAAUGGAAAUGGUUAGUGUUAGACGGCCCUGUUGAUACUCUAUGGGUGGAGAAUCUUAACACAGUACUGGACGAUUCUAAAGUUCUCUGUCUGGCCAAUGGUCAGAGAAUUCAUCUGGCUUCUGGAAUGAGACUGAUAUUUGAAGUUGACAAUCUAUCACAAGCCAGUCCUGCUACUAUCAGUAGAUGUGCAAUGGUGUAUAUGGAUCCAGUAGAUCUUGGAUGGCAGCCUUAUGUGAAAACAUGGCUUCAAAAGUUACCUAAAGACAUCCCUGAGAGUGCAAAGAAACAUCUAAUGGCAUUGUUUGAUUACACCAUAGAGAAAGGUCUGAAGUUUAAACAGAAGCAUAUACGAUUUCAACCUAUUGAAGCUCCGACAUUAUCCACCAUAAUGACACUGUGUAACAUCCUGACUGCUUACUUUGAUUUUAUGUUACAACAUGGAGGAUUUGGAAAUCCAGACAGGGAGGAAGAAAAGGUAGAAAGUGACCUUAGAACUGAAAGUAGAGGUUCAAGUAGAAGUUCCUCUAGAUCUAAGCUGAGAGGUUCAAGGAAACGAACCCAAAAACCACCUAGUGUUCCUAGUAUAACAAAGGAAAGCAGUCAAACCACUUCAAAGACUGGAAGUGUUUAUUCUUCGGGGUACAGUUCAGAGCCAGACCCAGAUUCAGACAGAAUAUUGUAUCUAAUGAAGAAUCCAAGUCAGUUUUUAAACGUACUAGGGAAACUUUUUGUCUUUGCCUACACAUGGAGUAUUGGAGGAAACUUCCACAGACAGGAGGACGUUGACGAAGACGAUAAUGUCAACAGACGCGGACAAGAUAAAGUAGAGAAGGAUAUUAACAUCUGUAAUGAGUUUGAUAACUUCAUGAGAGAACUGUUUGAAGUGGAACCUCCACUAGGUGUAAGACUACCAACAGGAAACAGAAGUAUCUAUGGUUACUUUAUUGACAUGGAAUCUGGUAACUUUGUGCCUUGGGAUACCCUGGUCCCUACCACUCGAUGGUUGAUAGAGAGAGGAGCUAUAAUUACUAUAGGGGAGACAAUGGGUGUAUCCUCUGGUCAAAAGAAGAAGAGAGAAGAACAGGAGAUUACACCAACAGUAGACAUCGUCAGGUUCUCCUUCCUGUCAGGAUUACUGCUCCUUAAUAGACGUGCUGUGUUAUUGACAGGUGAUUCUGGAGUUGGUAAAUCAGCCUUGAUUAACUACAUGUUAGGAAAAUUGUCACAAGAUGGAGGUACAACAACUAAAAGUAAUACAAUCCUUGGCAGUGUCCUCAAUUACUCCUCUAAACAUUCCUCUUUACUGGAUAACAUUGCUAGCCUCACUAAGUUUGGAGAAGAAGAGGAAGGUAAAGAUUUAGAUGUCCUCAUGGGAUCCUCUAAACCCAAAGCGUCAACUGGUAUCCUGUAUUCUAUGAUACAAUGCAGUGCUCAGACAACAUCAGCCAGGUUACAGGACAAUAUUAUGCUGAAGCUGAUGAAAAAGGGCAAGGACACACUUGGAGCUCCCAGAGGAAGGAAAAAGUUUGUGUUUGUUGAUGAUCUCAAUAUGCCUGCGCCAGAGGAAUAUGGAGCUCAACCUCCACUAGAACUUCUGAGACAAUUCUUGGAAUCGGGUGGAUUCUAUGACACAAAGAGCCUCUCAUGGAAGACAAUAUUUGAUGUAACAGUUGUUGCUGCUUGUGGCCCUCCAGGUGGGGGUAGAAAUCCCAUCAGUCCAAGGCUUCUGAAGAACUUCUGUAUAUUUGCCAUGCCGUUACCGUCUACCAGAUCUCUACAACAUAUUUAUCAAGUCCAGUUGGGAAGAUUCUUCCAGGAAGGAGAAUUUGCCUCAGAAGUUAAGGAACAGUUACUUCCCUUGGUGUCAGCCAGCAUAGCUGUAUACUACAGGAUGGGAAAUAACAUGCUACCCACACCAGCCAAGUCACAUUAUACAUUUAAUUUGAGAGAUUUGUCUAAGGUUAUACAAGGAUUAUUACAAGCCCAUGAAUCUGUUAUAGUCAGUAAAGACAAUAUUGCAGGAUUAUUUGCUCAUGAAGUGACCAGAGUUUUCCACGAUAGACUGAUUUGUCCAGAAGAUAGAGUUAUGUUCUACCAGUUCUUGUCUGACAACCUUCAUGAUUAUUUCAAGGUUAAAUGGACACCAGAACAACUGAUGUCAGAACAGAUUUUGUUUGGAGAUUUCUUUGAUGUCGGUGACAAGGCCUCUGCACGUGUGUACAGACCCAUCAGCGAUAGAAAGAAGUUACGUCAAGUUCUGGAGGAAUACUAUAUGAGGAUGAGCUUUGGAAACACAAAGAAGUCACAGGACAAUACUUUAGCUAAAGAAGCAAGUCAAAUGGUGUUCUUCAAAGAUGCAGUAGAGCAUGUCACAAGAGCUGCAAGAGUGUUCCGACAACCUGGUGGUCACAUGAUACUUGUUGGUCUGGAUGGGACAGGAAAGUCGACAGUAGUACAGCUAGCUAGUCAUAUUGCUGGAUCUGAAUUAUUCAAACUCUCUUUACACAGAGGAUAUGGUAUAACUGAGUUUAGAGAUGAUCUUAAGCAAGUUUUUAAGCUUAGUGGAGUGAAAGGACUUACCAUUGUAUUUCUAUUAACAGAUGCUGAUAUCGUUAAAGAAUCAUUCUUAGAGGAUAUCAACUGUAUCCUGAAUUCUGGUGAGGUACCAGAUCUGUUUGAUGCAGAAGAACUAGAUGCUAUCAGAAUGGAAUUAAGACAAGCAGCAUCACAGGCAGACAUACCAGACACUAAAGAUUCUGUGUAUCAGUUCUUUACCAGCCGUGUCACACGUAACCUUCAUAUUGUAUUGACGCUCAGCCCUGCUGGAGGAAAGUUCCGCCAGAGAUGUCGAAUGAACCCAGCUUUUGUUAAUUGUUGUACCAUCGAUUGGUAUGAUGAAUGGGAAGAGGAAGCUAUGUUGAGUGUGGCAGAGGUUUUCUUUGAGAAUGCAGAGUUUAUAGCUGAUGAAAGUUAUGACUUGAAGAUCUUAAAAGAAAGGGUAGGAAGAGUAUGUGUAGAUAUCCACAACACUAUUGGUAAAGCUGCUUUGAAAUACUGGGAUGAGAUGAGACGACAUUACUACGCAACUCCUAGUAGUUAUAUGGAGUUCAUCAGGCUUUACUCUAAGAUGUUGAGAGAAAAUAAACAGUCCUUCAUUAAUAACAAAGAGAGAUUAGAGAAUGGCCUGUCAAAACUAUCAGAAGCUAAUGAUCUAGUUGGAACUUAUCAAGAAAGACUUAAAACACUUGGACCUCAGAUUGAAGAAAAACAGAGGGAUACAGAGGUUUUAUUAGAACAACUACAGAAAGACCAGGAUGCAGUAGAACAAGUUCAGGAGAUAGUCAGACAGGAGGAGGAGAUCAUGAAACGAGAAACAGAAAUUGUACAUGAAUAUGCUGAGGAAUGCGAGCGAGAUUUAGCGACGGUAUUACCAGCUUUAGAUAAAGCAGAAGAAGCUUUGAAAUCACUGGAUAAAUCUGAUGUCAGGGUUGUUAGGACAUAUGCCAAUCCCCCAGAACUUGUGAAGAGUGUUUUGAGAGCUGUAUGUGUGCUGUUCCAGAAGAAAGAUGAUUGGGCUAAUGCUAAACAAAUGGUUAAAGAACCAGACUUUCUUAAAAAUUUACUGACUCUUGACAAAGAUCAGUUACCAGGGAGGGUUUUUCAUAAACUGAAGAGAUACUCCAAACAUCAAGACUUUAAUCCAGUGACAGUUGGACAGAACUCUGGACCCUGUGAAUCUAUCUGUUUGUGGGUUCUGGCAUUGGAACAUUAUUAUGAAGUCAACAAGAUGGUAAAACCUAAACAAAAGCGUGUUGAAGAAGCAAAAGAAGCACUUAAACUUGCAGAAGGUAGUCUUGCACAAAAACAAGCUAGUCUUCAGAAGAUUCAGCAGCAUUUGAACAUGUUACAAGACAGAUAUACAGAAAGUGUCAAUCAGAGGGAAUCAUUAAAACAAGAGAAAAUAACUACUGGACUACGAUUACAGAGAGCUGCUGUGCUGAUUGAUGCCUUGGCUAAUGAAAAGGUCAGAUGGCAGGAGUCUGUGAAGACAUUAGAACUAAAGUUACAAGGACUGGUAGGAGAUACAUUAGUUGCUGCUGCUUCUGUAGCUUACAUUGGACCAUAUACAGCUAAAUAUAGAAAGGAUCUGUUGGUGUCAUGGGUAGACAUGUCUAAAUCUGCUCAGAUUCCAAUCACUGACAAGUUUGAUCUAGUCAAAAGUACUGUAGACGCUCAUCAGGUUUUGAAGUGGCAGAAUGAGGGAUUACCACAUGACAGCCACUCUACAGAGAAUGCUUUAAUAGUUAAGAAAGCCCAGAAAUUUCCUUUGUUCAUUGAUCCACAAGGACAAGCUUUCAACUAUAUAAAGGAAAUGGAAGGAGCAGGAUUGAAGAUAGUAGCAGCAUCCGACCCUAAUUAUAUGAGAACUUUAGAGAGUGCCAUUAGAGUUGGAGAGGCUAUGUUACUGAAGGAAGUAACAGAAUCUCUAGAUCCAGCUCUCAGACCAGUACUUCUAAGAGAAACAUUUACCAGGGGUGGGCACACAGUCAUCAAACUUGGUGAUACAGAGAUAGAAUUUAAUGAUAAUUUUAGGCUAUACAUGACAACAUCUAUGUCCAAUCCACAUUACCUGCCUGCUGUCUAUAUUCAAGUUAAUAUCAUAAACUUUACUGUCACAUUUGAGGGACUACAGGAACAGCUUUUAUCGGCAGUUGUUAGACAGGAAAAACCACAGCUUGAAAACCAAAGAAGUGAACUUCUGGAGAGUAUAGCUGCUGAUUUACAGUUCUUGAGAGAUUUAGAAGAUAAAUCUUUAAGUUUACUACAGAAAACAGAAGGUCAUAUUCUUGAUGAUCAGGAUCUGGUUGAUACACUACAGAAAAGUAAAGGAAUGGCUGAAGCAAUGUACAAAAGAAUUCAAAAGUCAGAAGACACAGAGAAAAAACUCAGUGUGGCCAGACAGAAAUAUCUGCCUGUAGCUACCAGAGGUGCCACAUUAUACUUUGUAUUAGCUGAUCUAUCUGGUAUUGAUGUUAUGUACCAGUUCUCUCUAGAAUGGUUCCAGCAGGACAUGUUCAUUUCAUGUAUAACCAAUCAGAAUCUGGUUGCCAUGAAGGAGAUGGAAAGAAAAUCUAGUAUCAGUCCUCACCUGACUGGUGUAAUUAGACCAGAUAGUCGACAGAGUGUAACCAGAGUUAGCAUGGAUAACAAAGCUAGCAUUGAGUUAUUUGGAAAAUUGAAGGAAUCUUUGCCAUCAGUAAACACUGAUGAUCCUGCUGAGCUUAAAAAACAUAUGUUAGAUAUGAUAAAUAGGCUGACAUCCAGUAUCUACAGAGUUGUUUCUGUGGCACUUUUUGCCAGACACCAGUUGACAUUUUCCUUCAUGUUAUGCUCUAGCAUAAUGAGAGCUAAUGCAAAGUAUACAGAUAUUGCUGAGGUUGGCAAGAUUGAGGAUGUGGAAUGGCAGGUGUUCCUACAGGGAAAUAUUAUGGCCAAAAUGAUGGAUGAAAAGACAUUAGAGGAACAUGACGGACUAACUGCAAUGGAAAGAUUAGAAGCUCAGAACGGAGACAAAUCAAAGCAAAAAAGUCCUCCUAAGUGGAUAUCUGAAGCUAUGUGGCAGCAAUGUCAACACUUAGAGGCUACCUUACCUGAGAUGGACAAACUUUGCCGUAGUAUUAUGUCAAACAGUACACAGUGGAAUACAUUUUACAAGCUGGAAAAUACUUAUAAAUUAAUGACUGAGCCAUUUACAAAUCCAAAAGGUGAAGUGACAGAACAUGGUAUUGUUUUCCCAUGGGAACAACUAAAUGGUUUCCACAGGCUGUUGAUAAUCAAGGUUCUACGACCUGGACAGUUGGUGGAAUCAGCUCAGAAGUUUGUUGAGGAUCAGAUGAGCAGCAGUUACCUAUCCACAGGAUCUUUUGAUUUGAAAGAAAUAUAUGACGAGUCCUCAUCUAAAACUCCACUGAUCUUUAUACUUUCCCCAGGUACUGACCCUGCCAGUCAGUUAAUCAGAUUUGCCAAGGAAGAAAGAGGUAGUACUGUACAUUUAGAUAUGAUAUCUCUUGGUCGAGGUCAAGGACCUAAAGCUGAAGAGCUCAUCAAUAAGGCAAAGAUACUGAAAGGAAGAUGGGUGUUCUUACAGAAUUGUCAUCUUGCUUCGUCAUGGAUGCCAAGACUGCAGGCCAUUGUAGAAAAAUUCAAUGCCUCUACAGAAGAAGUAGAUAAACAGUUUAGACUAUGGUUAAGUUCUAAUCCAGAUCCUUGUUUCCCUAUAUCUAUACUACAGACAGGAAUGAAGAUGACAGUAGAGCCACCACAAGGUCUAAAAGCCAACAUGUUGAGGGCUUUUGGUGGGUCUGGUACUGGUGUUGUUACUGAGAAGAUGUAUGAAGAUGCAGUCCCAGGACCAGCCUGGCCCAAGCUUCUCUUUGGUCUCUGUCUAUUUAACAGUGUCAUACAUGAAAGAAGAAAAUAUGGCAGACUUGGAUGGAAUAUUGUUUAUGGAUUUAAUGACUCUGAUUUAGAGGUGUCAAUGCUGCAGUUAUCUAACUUGUUAACAGAACACCCUAAUGUGCCAUGGAAAGCUUUGGCAUACCUGACAGGGGAGGUAACCUAUGGUGGGCGUGUCACAGAUGAAUGGGAUAGAAGAUGUUUACAUGCUUUACUGGGAAGAUUCUUCUGUCCUAGUGCUCUGUCUGAUGAUUAUAGUUAUUCUCCAGAUGGGAUAUAUCGGCCAUUGAAGACAAACUGUGCAUUCCCUCAAAUUGUUACCUACUUGGACACAUUACCUAGCUAUGAUUCCCCAGAAGUGUUUGGUAUGACAGAGAAUGCUGAAAGAGCCUGUAGAAUCUUGCAGGCAGAUGAUAUGAUAGAAACAAUUGUCAGUGUGCAACCAAGGCUGUCCCUAGAUAUUAUGGGGAGUGAUAAGAGUAAUGAUCAGAUUGUACUGGAGAUUUCUGAGAACAUCAUGAAGGAAUUACCUGAGUCCAUUGAAGCAUUCAUUUGUGAUGAAGAUGCCAAUCCCAUGAUUCACCAGAAUGUUCCCAGACCAACACUGAAAAAUAUCUUGUUUAAAGAAGUACCAGAAAUGAAAGACAAGGAUAAAGCAAAGAUUGUACAGGACUGUAUAGAAUCAGUAGUAGGAAAUUCAGCAUUGUUGACAGUGCUACGACAGGAAGUGGACAGAUUUAAUAAUUUAUUAUCACUCAUACAUGUAUCACUUAAGGAACUUUUAAAAGCAGUCAAAGGGGAGAUAAUCAUGUCUGAUGCAUUAGAAGAGGCCUACAGUGCUUUCCUGGCACAGAGAGUCCCUCAGAGAUGGAAGAAUGCUGCUUAUGAAUCCUGUAAACCACUUGGCUCCUGGAUUUAUGACCUGAAGUUGAGAGUAGAUUUCUUUGCUAUGUGGGCAGAACUGAUCAUUACCAAUACAGAAAAGUUGAUCAAACAAGCAGUUUCAACAAAAGGUGCCACAGAAGUAGAAGGAGAAGAUUUAAUGAGAAAUCUACCAAGGGCUUUCUGGUUGUCAGGGUUCUUCUUCCCUCAAGGUUUCUUAACUGGAGUUUUACAGAAUCAUGCCAGGAAGGUUGGAAUAUCUGUUGACUCUUUAGUCUUCAACUUUGAAGUUCUGACUUCUAAGACUGACACUGAAGACAGUUUAGGUGACCUCAAGCAAAAAUUGUCCAUCAGAGAAGUAGCUUUUACUGGUAAACCCCACACAGAUGAUGGUAUUAUAAUUUUUGGAUUGUAUCUAGAUGGAGCCAGAUGGGAUCCGAAAACAGAAUGUUUACAAGAUUCGUUACCUGGAUUUAGAUUUGCACAUUUACCUGAGAUAUUAUUCCAACCAGUACAGACAACAACGGCAAUAGAGUCGGACGAUGAAAAAGAAGAGGAAGAUGAAGAAAAUUCUCAUGUGUAUGAAUGUCCUCUUUACAGAACUUCAGCCAGGGCAGGGACAUUGUCUUCUACAGGACAUUCUACAAACUUUGUUACUGCUGUUUCCCUUCCCUCUGAACAGCAAUCCAGAUUCUGGGUCAUGAGGGGUGUCGCUUUACUAUGUCAGCUAGAUGAAUAGUGAUGGAAUUUACUGUGAUGCUAACCAGACAUAGUAAUAGUUGGGGAAACUUUGUCUUUCCAUUUGAUAGUAGAUUUUAUAAUGGAAUGUAGCAAUUUGAUAACACUACUGCUGAAUAUUUAGUGAAUAUAAUAAACAUUAUUUUUCUACAAUUUACUUUACAUUAUUUUACUAUUGUAAUAAAAACCGUCCAUUAUUUUGUAGUUAAGAAUUAAGAAUUUACGUUUGAUUUUGUACAGUUGAACUAUUUUGUUGAAGUUUAAUUUCUUGAUUUUGUUAAUGUAUUUUUGAAGAUAAUAAAUUUUAUUUUUCUAUGAUUUAUUUAAUUUAUUUAAAUGAAGAUUUUAUUAUUAUACUUAUCUGUGAUAUAAAUGUAAAUAUUAUUUUUUACAGAAAAAUAUGUAAAUAUAAUGAGGAUUCUUUUUAUAAUUUUAUUUUUUUUGUAUAAAUUCAGUACUAUAUUAUAUCAACCAACAUUAUCAGUAUUCCAAACCUAAGUUAUAAUUAUGCCCAAGCUAAGAAAAAGCAGAUUUUUAUUGUGAUUCUCUGUUUUCAUUCAUUUGUUUAUGUGUUUUUUCCAUUUGUCCAUCUGCAUUUUGUUUUUGCAACUGGAUUUCAAGGAAACUUUCAAAAAUCUGUAGGAUUAAGUGCCAUUAGGCACCUCUUAUUUGUAGCUAUUAAUCCAAAUGUUUGGGAUUUCUUUUUACAAAACAAUUGGACUUUUCCAUGUGUAUACAAAUUGGUAAUAGAGGGUAUUUGUGAUCAAUGCUCAUAGUUUUUCUAGUAUCUGUUUUCAUGUGAGUUGAAAUCUUCCAUCAACUUGUUUUUGGUGUCAUAUUUGCAUUAGAAACUGGCCUAUUCAAGUCAUUAUAACUGAUAUGUUUUAGAGAAAAACUGCAGUAUUCUUUCAUCAUGCUUAUUUAAUUUUUUUUCUUUCAAAUUCAGUAUCAUAUUAUCGAUUCUAUGUUUUAAAGUUUGUGUUGUUCACAUAACAAUCUGUAUUUAUAUUUUGUUAUGAAGAAAUUGUUAUGCAUUUAAUAUGAAAUUGAUUUUUUUAAUGCAUUCUUAAAAUAUUUAUAAAACUUUUGAAAGUAAAUGAAAUAUUUACAUCUAUGGUGUUGAUACACCAGAAUGUUUAGUGUUUAAAUGUUAAGUGAAUAUAUUUAUAACUCAACCGUCCAAAAUUUAUGUACUGCUGGUGAGAUGCUGUGAUAGUAAAAAUAAAAUGUUUUGUUCAUGUA